UUAUAAUUAGAAAUUAAAAUAGAAGCUUCCUCUCAAACUAGUUCACUUCCUCUAUCUCUCUGUCUUUCUCCAUGGACAGUGUCCUUGCUCUUCUGAUAUGCUUUCUCUUCAUUGCAGCAUUCCCCACACACUCACGUGCCGAUCUCCCCGGCACGUGGGAGCUCCUAGUGGCGGACGCCGGUAUCGCGUCCAUGCACACGGCGGUCACACGCUUCAACACGGUGGUCCUUUUAGACCGGACCAACAUCGGCCCAUCAAGAAAACUCCUCCCAAAAGGCCACUGCCGGUUCGACCGGAACGACGCUCUUCUGAAACGUGACUGCUACGCCCACUCGGUUCACUUCGACUUAAAAACAAACCAACUCCGCCCCUUGAAAAUCCUCACCGACACGUGGUGCUCCUCCGGCCAGUUCCUCCCCGACGGUACGCUCUUGCAAACCGGCGGCGACCUCGACGGGUUUAAAAAGAUCCGAAAAUUUGACCCGUGUGAGGUAAACGGGUCAUGCGACUGGGAGGAGCUAAACGACGUCGAAUUGGCAGAGGGACGAUGGUACGCCACGAAUCAAAUCCUCCCCGACGGUUCCGUCAUCGUCGUCGGCGGAAGAGGCUCCAACACGGUGGAGUUUUACCCUCGGAAACGAAACGACCCCGUUUCGUUCCCGUUUCUCGCUGAAACAGAGGAUACUCAGAUGGACAAUUUGUACCCUUACGUUCAUCUCCUCCCCAACGGUCAUCUCUUCGUGUUCGCGAAUACAAAGGCGGUGAUGUACGAUUUCACCGGAAACAAAAUCGUGAGGGAGUAUCCGCCGUUGGAGGGUGGCCCGAGAAACUACCCGUCGGCGGGGUCGUCGGUGAUGCUGGCGCUAGAAGGUGAUUACUCCUCCGCGGAGGUGGUUGUUUGCGGCGGAGCUCAGUACGGCGCGUUUCUGCAACGGAGCACAGACACGCCGGCGCAUGGAAGCUGUGGUCGGAUCAUGGCGAUGUCACCCGACCCGGUUUGGCAAAUGGAAGACAUGCCGUUCGGGAGAAUCAUGGGCGACAUGGUGAUGCUACCAAGCGGCGAGGUUAUCAUCAUCAAUGGCGCAAUGUCAGGGACGCAAGGCUUCGAGUUAGCUUCAAAUCCAUGCUUGAACCCGGUUCUAUACCGACCCGACCAGCCAACCGGGUUACGGUUCAUGGUGUUGAACCCGGGUACUGUGCCCAGAAUGUACCACGCCACGGCGAAUUUGCUACCGGACGGAAGGAUUUUACUCGCCGGAAGCAACCCACACGUGCUGUACCGAUUCGAUGCGGAGUUUCCCACCGAGUUGCGGAUCGAAGCGUUCUCGCCGGAGUAUUUGGCUCCGGAUAAGGCGAAUAUCCGACCCGAGAUUGUGGAGGUACCCGAAACGGUGCGUUUUGGGGGGAAGUUUGAUGUGGUGGUGACUGUGCCGUUGCCGGUGGUGGGAAUCGUGGAAGUGAACUUGGGGAAUGCGCCGUUUGCCACGCAUUCGUUCUCGCAGGGUCAACGUUUGGUCAAACUAGCAGUAACGUCUGCAAUACCCGACGGUGACGGGAGGUAUAGGAUUGGGGUGACGGCGCCGCCGAGUGGAAUGGUGGCGCCGCCGGGUUAUUACAUGGCGUUUGCGGUGAACCAAGGGGUGCCAAGCGUUGCCCGUUGGAUACACGUCUCGUAGCCGUGAAGUUUAUUCUGUUGGACAUGUUUUAAAAAAAAAUAUUAAUUGUAUUUAUUUUUAUUUACUUGUUGCUUUUUCUUUUCAUUUGGCAUUAAAAUGUGAGAUUCUGCAAUUGUAAUUGUAAUUAGGAAAAUGGAUUGACAGAGAAAAAGGUUGACAGUUGAUGGGGACCCCAGUUGACGCCGUUGAAAUCCUAAGGGGCUGUUUAACGGCUUAAACAUUUGAUUCAAUAUAUGGCAAAAAUAUGUUAAAUUAUGUGGA